CCAGCCUCCCACCACGCAACCAAGCUUCCCUCUUCUCACCCCCCUUCUUCCUCAUAUCUACUCCGGACAUCCUGACGUCUCCUCCUCCUUCAUUUCUCCUCGGCGCUUUCGCAGUCUGUCUUUAUCCUUCUCUUCCGGUACACUUUUGCCUCCGCCAGACUCCUUUCCGUCGGCGCUUGGCCACUCUGGACCAGCUGCUUAACUAAACAACACAACAAUCAGACUCUGAACCUUUCUCCGUGGUUCGUUCGAUUUCGAAGCUUCGCCUCUCGGCCAUUUCGACUUUCUACACUUGAUGGCAUAGUCAUUUCCAUACGUCGUCUGAUCUUUGAUCUAUUACGAUACCAACACCCCGAGGUCACCAUGAUGCAACCAGCGACACCAGAAUCGCAAGACGUCGACAUGCAACUUGCUUCAGACUCCGACCAGACCUACCCGGAACCACCACCUCGUCUUGCCGCCCGCUUUUGCCGGAAGACGAGCGCUCGCCGGAAGUCCUCUGCCAAUUCCUCCCGUCGAAGCUCCCUCUCCUCGAUUCACUCUCACACCUCGAACCGGUCCAGUCAUGGCGGACCCGCGAGCACCCACGUCGCACAGCACCUCCGGCGUGCCUCGAUCAUUGAGAGUCGAAAGGCACGUCUGGCGGAUAGAGCUGCUCACGCAGAACAGGUCAGGUUGAGGGCCGCCGCUGCCAAAGCCGCGCGAGGUGUCUCGUACAGCGAGGAGAGAGCCUUGGCUGCGCAGGCGGCACGGGAGAAGCUCCUCGCUGAAAUCACGGCAAGGUGUGAAGAGGAGGUCCGACGUGCAAAGAAGAUUGCCGAAGAGACGAAGGAGAGAAAGGCAGCAGAGCUGGCCAGACUCAAGGAGGACAUGGCCGAGAAAUUUGCAGAGGCGGCCCGACGAAAAUCCAUGUACCAGCAGGGUAUGCGAAGACCAAGGACGACUUCGCUGGCAGCUGUCGAGGAAAAGAAGGUCUCGCCCAUCGCAUUGACACAAUCAAGUCGAGCAUAUGCUGCAAAGGUGAUCCAGCGAACUUGGCGAUCCUACCGCGGUCGCAAGAUCAUUGCCGACUUCUCUGCCAUGGAAUUGGACUUGAUUCGCGCUCAGUCACUUUCUUUCGAGGAUUUGACGAGGCUCCUCUCGACAGACAAGACCACCACCGUCACCUCGCGGCUGCUGAAGCACUUGGACGUGCUGGAAGACGGCCAGGAGACCACCGGCCCCGUCCGUAUCUUCUUGAGUGCGUAUCUGAUCUUGUCACACCCGAUGCAAGCAUUCAGCCACGGUGGGAGCCAGCCUCAAGAGCAAGAACUGAUGGCCAAGGCGAGUACUUUGGUCGAAGCCUUCGAAUCACACAUGAAAAUCAGACCGCCAAAGUCGCGACGAGACACGGCAGCCUCCACGAGAGAAGCCUUGUGUUUCGCCUUUAAUGAUUUCUCUGCCACUUUUGACGCUUGGAAGAACCAAGACCUUGGUGUUCUCGUCGACGUCAUGGUCAACUCUUUCGUCAAUCUCGAUCUCAUCCUGCAGGCGACCAAGAACGACCACGAAGGACAUGUCGCCGAGGAUUAUCUGGAUGCCGUCCGCCAAGAGCAAGUGAAACUGCUGGCCAGGCUGAAGAGACUUGCUGGACCGGAAGAAGCUCUAUCGAGAGUCAGACUGGCCGUACGAAAAGCCCGAAAGCAACGAGCCGCCGAACAGCGGCAGACAGCCGUGCGACAGGUCCCACGAGCAUCAACACCGGCCAACAGUGGUCCCUCGUCUGUUAAUGGAGCACCAAUUACACCCCCAGCGACGCCACAACCAUAUCAUCGCCACAGGGAGUCUAAGAGUUCCACUUUUGCCAACAACCUUGGUCAAAUCAUGACGGUCUUGCCUUCGAACCGUGAGAUUGCUCACGAGAUCUUGAUCAACGGCAGCUUCGAGGUGCAGCAACGCCCUUGGACCGAGGCUCGAAAGGACCUGAUGAGCUCGCUCCGCUCCAACAUGCGGAGUAGCAUGCAAGACGGGAAUAGCGACGCGGCGGCCACUUGGACCCAUGCCAUGGCCAUCCUCAUUCGUGAGAAAUUGAUGAACCUCGUCAGUCAACGACAUCCUCUUUACGAUCGAUUUGAUGGAUUUUUAGACCCGGCAUUGAUCAAUCAGCAAUGCAGGAAUGGAAUGUUCUCCUACACUGCAUUUUUUGACACCAUUUCUGGCUUGAUUGCACAAAUUUGUUCGCCAGGACGUGAUGAAAUCGUCCAGGCUUUCACGAACGACACGACCAGCGAUACGAUUGACCGUCUUUUCGACCUGAUCAACAUCAUUGAUUUGAUGACCUUGGAUCACAUCAAUUUUCAAUUCAGACUGGCGUCCCAGUCUGUUUUGGAGCAUGGGCACGAGCACGAAGUGGCGUCUUUUGAGAAAGAGCUUGAAGAUGAUGUCCAUCGUCUCGACCGAACCAGGCAAUGGUGGUCCAAUUCAAAGGGUAUGGUCGGUGUGAAUGCAAGUGGUGGUGCCGUGUACGCAAGAGGUUUGACCGACCUAGUCUUGCGCAACACCCAUCUGUGCUUCCAGGACGUGCCAGAGACUCUGCAACUGGACUACAUCCGUCUGCUCAAGUGGAGGGCGCGCGCUUUCCAAGUGGUGGCAACCUCGUCGAUUUUGCUCACGACCAAGAUUCGACUGAGGCGCAACAGGGAGUCACUGUGGACAAAGGAUGCCGAACGGUUGAUGUCCCUAGACUUGUUGAAUGUGGACGCCAAUCGCGUCGUGUCUCUGGUUGAAUCAUCGCACAUGAUGCCGGACAGUAUCAAGGAAGGUCUGUCCAAUUUCGUCGGCCGUGUUUUACCACCGGCGGCCGAUGCCGCCAAGAAUGCCGAUUCGGCGGAGCUUGACCGACAGGAUGCUAUCCACAGUCAGUCGACGUACCGGCCCUCUGAGGAUGAGCAUAGCCUCGGUGGAGAUGUGUUUACAGAACAGAUCGCCAGCUUCCUGCUCAAGUCACUUCGUGAACAUGUCUUUGCCAGGCUUUCCGCCAACGGAACCCAGGAAAGAGUCCGAACCACGACGGGUGCGGCAGAGGUCCUGGCCAGGGCCGGCAUGCCUGAAUUUCUCGAGGAGGUCAACCGUCUGGUUGACGCUUUGGAUCGAAUUCGGGCGGUCGAUCUCAAAGCGCACGGGAGAUGGUAUGACCAGAUUGCCGGAGAGUUGUCUGUAUGAUUCUUGGGUGAUCGUGGAGAGGCGCUUAAGCAUGCGAGAGAAGUAAAGUUUGAAAACGAGCAUAUUGCAUUUGUUCAUUUUCGGCGUUUUUCCGACGGUCGGAAGAGAGAGGAUGUUGAUAACCUACCUAUCUAGGUAAACAGGAGAAGGGGAAUUUUUGGUCGUUUUGCAUUGACAUGACAUUGACCUUUUUGUUUCUAUAGCCUCACUGUCUGGGUCGAUCGCUUGGGUCCACGGUGUUUUUUUGUUGUUUGUGUAAGAAAGAAUACGAAUUUACGGCUUUACGGGGAGCAAUGAGUGCCUGCUGCUCACCACGGACGGGGGUAUCUACCUAGGUACGGAGUAGUUCGAGCAACUCUCUACGAAUUUUAUCAAGUAUAACAAACCCACCACAACAAGAGUAGAGUUUUUGGUUUCUAUUUUUCCAUUCCCGCUUCGCCUCGUCGAGUAUGGAGUAGGUAGUAGUUCGAUGAGAGUAUACAGUA